GUAUCAAACUCUUGGUUGCGUUACGGCCCUUUCAACCUACAGCCAACUAUCCUUAGUAACCUCUUUACUCUCCCCUUUUUGGGCAGUAUCGUCAUGAGCUGCUUGAAGGUAUUUAGGACUUGGGCUUCAGUUUCUGGCAUUUCCGGAACGCUCAGGUUACGAUACGCAGCGGAGAAGAACAGUCGAUAUCUGUUAUCACCUGAUGUGCAAGGUCAUUUGAUUGGUCUACCUCUCCGUAUAAAGGACCAUGUCUCAUACGGCUAAAACUACACGCUAUAAUGUCGACUCCCAUCCCCCAGCCGCCUACGGUUCCUUUCCUUGGAAAUACUCGUGACUUGGACAGAGAUGUACCGAUCCAGUCCUUUAUUCUUCUCGCCAAAACGUAUGGCGAGAUCUACCAGCUCGAUCUCUUGGGCGGACGAAAAAUGAUAUGCGUCAACUCGCAUGCCUUGGCGAACGAGAUCUCCGACGACAAGAGGUUUAAGAAGAGCUUCGCGCCCGCGUUGUAUCAAGUCCGCAACCUUGUCGGCGAUGGCUUAUUCACCGCUUCUGGUGAUGAUUUGUAUUGGGGCAUCGCUCACCGUAUCUUAAUGCCCGCAUUCGGUACGAUGUCUGUACGAGGUAUGUUAGAUGAUAUGAAGGACAUCUGCGGUCAGCUACUUUUGAAGUGGGAACGCUUUGGACCUGAUGCUAUCAUCGACCCUGCCGCCGAUUUCACUCGAGUUGCUCUGGAUACAAUCGCGUACUGUACCAUGUCUUAUCGACUGAAUUCUUUCUAUACUGAAACCCAACAGCCUUUUAUCAAGUCUAUGGUCGACUUCUUAAAGGAAUGCUUUGUUCGCUCCAAGCGGCCUCAUCUCGUUCAGGCUCUGAUGCAUUCCGCAACGGUUAAAUAUGAAAAUGACCAGCAGAUCAUGCGGGAUGUUGCAAGCUCCAUCAUUGAUGACCGCAAGCAAAAUCCUAUCGACAAGAAGGAUUUGCUCGACCUGAUGCUGAAUGCCAAGGACCCUAAAACUGGUCAAGGACUUUCAGAAGAAAACAUUGGUUACAAUCUUCUGACUUUCUUGAUUGCGGGACACGAAACAUCGUCGGGAAUGAUGACCUUCACGGUCUACUUCUUACUCAAAAAUCCAGAAAAGAUGAGAAAACUUCGAGACGAAAUCGACGAGGUCUUGGGAGGACGCCCUGUAGAAGUCGGAGAUUUCGAUAAACUCCCUUACCUUGUUGCUGUGAUGCGGGAGUCGCUUCGUUUAGGGCCAACAGCGUCCUCGCGGUCAGCAGCACCCAUUGAAGACACUACUCUUGGUGGUAAAUAUUUCGUCAAGGCCGGCAAUUCCAUCACUAUCCAAACAUAUCUUAUGCACAGAGACCCCAAAGUAUGGGGAGAAGAUGCGGAAGAAUUCCGGCCAGAAAGAAUGAUGGAUGGGAAGUUUGAAGCCUUGCCACCCAACGCAUGGCAACCCUUUGGUUUCGGUGCCAGAGCGUGCAUUGGGCGUCCUUUCGCAUGGCAGGAAGUCAUGUUAGUACUUACAUCUAUCCUUCAAAAGUUCGAUCUAUCCUUGGCCGACCCCUCGUAUACGCUUCAAAUAAGUCAGGCCCUCACCAUCAAACCAAAGAAUCUCACAAUACACGCAAAGCUGCGCACAAGCGGGCCUCAUAUUUCUUCAGCAUCUUCCGUUGGUAUCAAGAAAGCCUACGACGGUCCAGAUGUCACUCCGCAUCCUGGCAUCAUUCCACCAAUGGACAGUAAAGCGCCACUUUAUGUUCUGUAUGGCUCCAAUACGGGGACAUCGGAAGGCUUCGCCCAAAGGAUUGCCAGCGAAGCAGCGACGUAUAGCUUCGCUGCCAAAAUUGGAACUUUAGACUCGGCUACUGGUCAGUUACCAACUAAUGGCCCCAUUGUCAUCGUUACCGCAUCUUUCGAAGGCGAACCCGCAGAUAAUGCAGCUCACUUCGUUGACUGGUUAAGUAAUCUUAAAGGAGACGAACUUCGAAACGUUAGCUUCACGGUCUUUGGAUGCGGCAACUCCGACUGGGUGCAGACCUAUCAAAAAAUACCAAAACUAUGUGAUGAACUUAUUGAGAAGCAUGGUGGCAGACGACUACUUGAGCGAGGAGAGGGCGAUGUAAGUUUGGGAGAUUUCUUCCACGUCUUCGAUGAGUACGAAAGCAAGUUGUGGAAGACUUUGUCCAACGAGUAUUCUACCACGAGGAGAACUGCCGGCGUUUCAAACAUCGACGUGACAGUCAUUGACGCCGGGGACGAGAGAGCUGAGAGCCUUCGUCAACCCGAUACCGCCUUGGGUCGUCUGAUAGAAAACAAGAUUCUCACACCUGCAGGAGGUCCCGUGAAGAGACACCUGGAGUUCGAGCUCCCGCCACGCAUGAACUACAAUGCUGGCGAUUAUUUGGCAAUUCUUCCCCUCAAUCCGACGCGAGAUGUCAGUCGUAUACUGUCUCAUUUUGGUAUCGUGAAAGAGCAGCAUGUUAUCAUAUCGUCGACAAGCCCAACUUCGUUACCCGUUGGAAAACAGGUUGCUUUGUUUGAGGUUCUGAGCGGCUAUGUGGAACUUGCGCAACCGGCUACAAACAAGGACAUCGAAAUUAUUAUCUCGGCUACAUCUGACAAAGCCACGAUUUCAUCUCUACAGGGACUUAAGGCUGCUUAUCACAACGAGGUGAUAGCUAAACGGCUUAGUGUGCUCGAUAUUCUCGAGAAACACUCAUCAGUGUCUCUCUCUCUUGGAGCCUUUCUUCAGAUGCUUCCGCCUAUGCGGGUGCGCCAGUACUCUAUCUCCUCCUCUCCCCUCUGGAACCCGCAGCGAGUCACGCUAACCGUGAGUGUCAUCGACUCUCCCUCACGUUCUGGAGGAGAGAAACCAUUUCUUGGUGUCGCUUCAAACUACCUCUCUGGUCUCGUUCCUGGGGAACGGGUUCGGAUGGCGGUCAGGAACUGUUCUGCGGCGUUUCGCCUACCUUCGGACCCGAGCGUACCUAUCGUGAUGUUCUGUGCCGGCUCUGGGCUUGCGCCGAUGCGUGGAUUCAUGCAAGAGAGAGCUAUGCAAAAGAUAUCCGGUAGAGAUGUGGGGAAGGCACUCUUGUUCUAUGGCUGUAGGAAUCCCGAGGUGGACUAUCUGUAUGGAGAGAGUGAUUUGAAGGAAUGGGAAAAAUUGUGUGUCGUGGAGCUACGUCCUGCAUUUUCGAGGGUGGCCGCGUUGUCGGAGGGCUGCGGGUACGUCCAAGAUCGGUUGUGGCAUGAUCGCAAAUUGGUCCUCGAAGCUUAUUAUUCUGGAGCCAAGUUCUUUACCUGUGGUUCUGGACAAGUUGCGAAGGGGAUUAGGAACAAGUUGGUUGAAAUCUUAGAAACCCAACAGGACCUCGAUUAUGACCAGGCCGCAGAGAAAUUCCAGCAGGUCAUGCAAGGACGAUAUGCGACUGAUAUCUUUGAUUAAUCUCCAUGUUAAACUGUAAUGUGUAUAAUGUCAUGAGCCAUGUUGUAAGGCGUUUCCUUGCAAAAAAUGUGAGGGGCUUAUAUAGAUUUAGGCGUUCUAGAAUUCAAGGUGGAAGGAUUC